AUGCCUACAGGUCCCUCAUCAGCCGCACAAGGCUCACCUCUGGCCUUGGUCCCCAAUGAACGUUGGGUACCGCCCAUUCCUUCCAUUCGAUCUCCAGCGGUAUCCGAAGUGCCCACUGCGGCCACCCAUGCCAUCAACAUGCCGUUCCUGCCUCCAGCACCAAAUGCUAUUGGCGAGGGUCCAUCUCUGGUGCCUUCCACCAUCAAGCCCAAUCAAACUUGGACCGGAGCGGUGUCAGAGAAGCCUCAAAUCGACCACCAUCGAGUCAGUCAGGUAUCCGCGAAGCCCACUACUCAGAAUACUGCUUUCUCAUCAACCAUCCUUCCUUCCCCUGAGUCAUCUAUUAUGACCAAGAAUAAACCUAUCAAGAUUGAAAGUUUCGUUCCAACUCCUCGUCACACACAGAGACCAUCUACUCAAACCAAUCUCCCUGAUCAUACUUCGGAAUCGAGCUCAUCAGCAGUACUACUUUCAACCUUACCAGGCAUCCCAUCGUCCAAAGCUUUAGGAAAAAGGAAAGCCCAUUCUGAGCUUCAAGAGGAAUCACCCCCCAGGUAUAGAGAAGGAAGUAUCUCCACUUCUGUAAAAAGGGAAAGGGAAAGAUCAUCUUCCUUGAUCGAUCUCAAGCCUCAUAACCCCAUCCCCAUCUUACCUCUUCCAUUACCAUCCAAACGUUUCAAAAAAGGACCAAAUGCCAAAGCUCUUUUGAUCCCUGUGGAACAAUUACCAGUAUUCCCUUUACCACCUAUGCCACCUAUCAAUAACCCCGAUCUGCUCAAACAGGUAUUCACCCACCAGAGUUUAUUCGAAAGACCGAAGGGAAGGUUCGAAGAUCCUGAGAACGAUCCGAUCAAACAUUACGAAAAGCUAGAACAUGUUGGAGAUUCCAUAUUGGGUGUGAUUGUUACUACUUGGUUACAUGAGACUAAACCUAAUUUAACUAUUGGUACUGCUACGAAACUCAAAGCCCACCUAGUAUCCAACGCCACCUUAUCGCACUUAUCAGGCCUAUACAAUCUCCCUCAACGGCUUAACGGUCACCCAGAACUCUUACCUGUACUCAGAGCCCAGACCGACGUCCGAGCGGCAUUGAUGGAAGCUUACAUCGCUGGUCUAUACUUCUCUUUCCCCCUUGAAAACAGGUUAGGCGAAGGGAUCAAAACGAUUGACAAUUGGUUGAGGGAGAUGUACGAACCCCUGUAUGAUUUUUUUUACAAUUACAUGAAGAAAGAAUUCGAACAACAUCAUUUGACUGUCGGAGCCACAUCUGAUGGACGAUCGAUUUAUCUAGAGAACGAAGACGAGUUGAAGAAAGUGGAUGAAGGUGCUGUAGGGAUGUCAAAGUUGGUUGAGUGUUAUUGUUCUUCAGCCGAGAGGGAGUUAAGAUGGCAAGAAGAGAAGAUAUAUACCAAUCAAGGAUUGUUAUGGAAGACAAAGUGUCUAGUAGAUGGGAUUGAAUUGUCAGAAGCGCUGAGACCUUUUAGAAGGAUUGCGAAGAAUGUAGCGGGGUUGACGGCUGCUAAGAAAUUGGGAUUGACGGUGAGUCAGCUCAGAUCAGCUAUUACUUGGCCCCGGCCUUUGACCUUCUGGGAGAGUUAG